AUGACUCUGAGCGCGGAGAUGUCCGCCGCCGCCUCCGCCUUGGCCGAAGAGACAGACAUCGACGUGGUCGGGGAGGGAGAGGACGAGGGGGGCGGCGACGAGGACGAGGACGACGAGGAGGAGCCCCCUCCCCGGCGGCCCUACGACGACGAGGACGACGACGACGAGCCGGGACCCUUCAGGGCGGCGGGCGGCGGCAAGAGCAGCCUGGUGAAGCCGCCCUACUCCUACAUCGCCCUCAUCACCAUGGCCAUCCUGCAGAGCCCCAAGAAGCGGCUGACGCUGAGCGAGAUCUGCGAGUUCAUCAGCGGCCGCUUCCCUUACUACCGCGAGAAGUUCCCGGCCUGGCAGAACUCCAUCCGCCACAACCUGUCGCUCAACGACUGCUUCGUCAAGAUCCCCCGCGAGCCGGGCAACCCGGGCAAGGGCAACUACUGGACGCUGGACCCGGAGUCCGCCGACAUGUUCGACAACGGCAGCUUCCUGCGGCGCAGGAAGCGCUUCAAGCGGCAGCCGCUGCCGGCGUCCGACCUGCUCCUCCGCGGGCUCGAACCCUCCGCCGCAGCAGCCGCCUUCCUUCACCCGCCGCCGCCCGCCGCCCAGCCGCCGCCCGGGCACCCUGGCCAGCCCCCUGCCUACGCCUAUGGGCCUUACAGCUGCGGCUACGGCCUCCACCUCCAGCCCUACCCCGCGCCCUCCACCCUCUUCGCUUUCCCACCCCAGGAGAGGCGGCCGUCGGCGUCGGGCCCCGUCCUGCCGCCUGCCCCGCCUUCUCUCCUGGGCCCGGCAGCAGCGGCGGCGGCGGGACCGGACCUGGCCCGGACUACCAGUUUCAGCUACGCGGCCCAGUUGGGCCCGUCGCUGGCCGCUUCUUUGCACGCGGCCGCCACCAAGACCCCUUCGGCCUUGGCGCGCUCCCCGUUCUCCAUCGAGAGCAUCAUCGGGGGCAGCGUGAACCCCGGACCGGGGAACCGUUGCGGCUCUCAAGCCGCGGGGCUGCCGGUCCUGGCACGAACCUUGAUGGCCUCGCCGUCGCCUUCGCCCUCGCUGAUCUCUCCCGCCGCCGCCGCCGCCGCCGCCUCCUCUCUGGGAACUCUGCCCCACGGGGCGGCCUUGGGCAGCGCGGAAAGCUGCGCGGCCCGGAUUUCCAAUUGCUAG